AUGGACAAGGGAACUGACUACAGUAGAUGGACGAAGGAAGGCCUUGUGAAGCGUAUCAAGGAACUGGAGGCAGAAUGCAAAAAUCCUGCUGCAGCACGCGCUGCAGGCUCGUCAGGAGACGCUCCUGAAGCGUCGCUUGCCUCUGUAGAUGCUUCCUUGCCAGACGGCCGCUCCCUGAAGCCCAAGAAGAAGAAAGGGGACAAGAAGAUUGAUCCUUCGAAAUACUCUACCCGCCUUGUGGCAUUCAAGCUUGCCUAUGUGGGCAAGAACUAUGGCGGUUAUGAGUUCCAGUCCAGCGCCACUUUGUCCACCAUCGAGGAAGAGCUCUGGAAGGCCAUGGUCAAGAGUUGUCUUAUCUGGCCUGAGAAGCCCGAGGAAGUGAAAUGGGACGACUGGGAGUACAGCAAGUGCGGGCGGACGGACCGCGGCGUCAGCGCCUUCGGCCAGGUCAUCGCGGCGCGCGUGAGGAGUAACCGACCCCUUCCGAAAGCAAAGGAGACCGUGGCUGUCGAGGGCGAUGCGAUGAAGGUUGAUGAUUCUGAUGUGCCAGCUGUUGGCGAGGCUUCAGUGCCAAAGCAGGCGGAUGGGGAAGAGAGCGCUGUGGAAGAGGAAAAACCCUUUGACGAUUUCAAAGACGAACUCCAGUACUGCAGGAUCCUGAACCGCCUCCUGCCCCCUGACAUCAGGGUAUUGGCGUGGUGUCCUGCGCCGCCGGCCGGCUUCUCCGCGCGUCAUGACUGUCGCGAGAGGCAGUACCGGUACUUCUUCACGCAGCCCGCGUACUCGCCGAUACCACAGAGUCUCGAGAACCCCAAGGCGAAUCCGAAGGUGAAGGACGGCUGGCUCGACAUCGACGCCAUGCGCAAGGCGGCGAAGAAGUUUGAGGGCGCUCAUGACUUCCGCAAUUUCUGCAAGAUCGACCCCAACAAGCUGAUCACUAAUUUCGAGCGCCGUAUAUUCGAGUGUGAUAUCGUGGAGGUCAAGGACACGGAAUCAGCUCUGCUGUAUUUGAACCAGGCCGAGUUCCGCCCCUCGAGCACCGGCACCGAAGUGGCAGACGGUACCAAGUGCCCCAAGGUGUACUACUUCCAUGUCAGAGGGUCGGCGUUCCUGUGGCACCAGAUACGCUGCAUGGUUGCCGUGAUAUUCAUGGUUGGGCAGGGGCUAGAAGCGCCCGAGAUCGUAGACCAGCUGCUCGACUAUAAAGCGCAGCCAAGACGACCAAAUUACGUGCUGGCUAGUGAAUACCCUCUAGUCCUCUGGGAUUGCGUCUUCCCCAAGGAAGGGGACCCGGAGCGCAAGGACGCUAUGCAUUGGGUGUAUCUGGGUGAGGAGAACCCCCUGGCCAAACACGGGGCCAACGGGCUGGUGGACGACAUGUGGGAAUUCUGGAGGGAGCGGAAGAUGGACGAGAUACUGUCGAGCCAGCUCUUGAACCUCGUGACCGGCAUGGCAGAUAUCAACAAGAGGCUGGAUCCGAGAGCUCCGCACUGCGUGCCUUUAAGCCAGAGGAUGUUCGAGGGCGGCAACAGAGAGCGCAUGGUGGGCAAGUACCAGCCGGUUCUGCAGAAGUCGACGCUGCCGUCUCCUGAAGAGACAUAUGACAAGGAGGCUAAGCGGAAGGGGUACGCCAGCGCUGCUGCGUGGCGAGAAGAGAGGGCGAAGAAGCCCAAGUUCACCAAAGACCCGAUGGAUGAAGGGGAGUGA